AUGUUCAUUUCUCUGCGGCAUCCAGCCAUCAAGCUGGGUGUCCCUCUGCUGUUGCUGAUAUGGAUUGUCACCUACCUGGCGUCACCGGCUACGUAUACCUCCGCCUAUACAAGCUUCCUUCGCCAGUUCAAGAACGAGCGGACCUUGUACGUAAACGACUUCUUAAAACAUGAAGUCGGCGAUCCCUUCGACGGGGUUGGCAUCGAGAGACUCUGUGCUUCGAGGACCUGGACGCCUGGCCUGAUCCUCUCCUGCGACCCUGUGCCAGGCGGUGUCGGGGAGGUGAAGAAUGGCCAUCUGACCUGCAUCCGCAUAGCCAUCGAGAUGGGCGCUGAGCUGGUCCUUCCCGACAUCAUCCGCCGAUCAGAGAUGAAGCUCGAGGAACUAAUUCCCAAUGACCGCGGCCCGCACCGAGGUAUCCCGAUGGACUACUUCUUUGACAUACCCCACCUCGUGAACUCGCUGGCGACACACUGCCCGCAGAUGAAGGUCUACAAGUCCAUGGGCGAGCUAUACCAGCAACCGAGCCUCCUGCACCCACCCAAGAUGAGCAUUGGCGACCUGACGCAGGAUUUCGUGGCCGGCAGCGUGGCCAAGAAGCCCGAGGAGCUGGCCAACAAGAUCAAGGAGUUCAUGGACAACAAGUCGCCCCCGCGCGACCGCAAGUACCCCUUCAUGGUCCACCUCAUGACGCCGACCUUCUUCUGGCCGACGGCCUACGACAGCCCGGACUUCACCAACAACUUUGGCCGCAUCCUGCGCCUGCGCGAGGACGUGCGGCGCCUGGCGGCCGCGGGCCUCUUCAACAUGCAGAAGAUGUUCAGCCUCAACCUGGACCCGCGCGGGGGGCUCAAGCGCGACAGCUUCGUCGGCGUGCACCUGCGCACGGAGCGCGACGUGCAGGGCAAGUUCCCGCCGUACGAGGACCAGGCGGGCGACUACUUGGACGUCAUCGUGGAGAACAGGGUGCCGGUGGUCUACCUGGCGACGGGCGCGACCAAGGACAACGUCACGCACUUCAAGGAGCGGUGCGAGGACUUCAAGGCGACGGUCGUGCUCAAGACGGACAUCCUCGAGGGCGCGGACCGGGCGCGCCUCGACCAGCUCACCUGGGACCAGCGCGCGCUCGUCGACUACGAGAUCAUGCUGCGCGCGGGCCUGGUCACGGGCACGAGCAUGUCGAGCUUCGCGUGGAACCUGGCGCUGCGGCGCAAGAACUCGUUCGGCUCGUCGGGCGGGCCGAUCAACGGGACCGACAGCAAGGCCGUGCGGUUCAAGGACGAGUACUCCGUCAUCUUUGGGGCGGCGGGCGUGGCGGCCAACAUCCAGAUGAGCAUUUGGCCUUGA